GGGCCCGCCGGGGGCGGAGUGGGAGAAAGGAGGAGGAGGAAGCUAGGCGCACCUUUCGCCUUCUUCUUCCAGGCUGGAGGGUUUGGAAAGAGGCUCGAAGGGAGCCAAGACAGCCAGGGCGAGCUCUCACCUUUCCCUCACCUGGAGCGGGAAGGAGGAGGAGGAGGAGGAGGAGGAGCGGGCUGCGCCGGAGCCUCUUUCUCCGGGCUGGAAGCAGGACAACAAUUCUGGAGAGAAGGAAGAAAGAGUUUAUCUUGAGAGCGCACAGGUGAUGUUCACAUUGCGCUGGAGCAUGCCGUUAAUCCAAUGAAUUGUCAGAACGAUGAAACAACGCUUUCUUAUAACAUGCAUGUGAUGUGAAUAAUCCUGGAAUGCAUGGCCCUGUCAAGAAAUGCUUGGCUAGAGAAGAUCAUCUUGUUGCUGGAAAACGCCGUACAGGGAUUUCAAAAAAAUCUUAUUUGCUCCAUUUCACAGUAAUUCAGAUGUGUAAUUACACACAGUUCUGGUGAAGACUUCUAGGGAUUCUUUUGCCUGUUAUAUACAAGAUUAACAAGAUGAUUGACCUGAGCUUUCUUACUGAUGAGGAACAGGAGGCGAUUCUGAAGGUGCUGCAGAGGGAUGCCGAUUUGAAAAGAGCCGAGGAGGAACGGAUCAGGCAUUUACCUGAAAAGGUUAAAGAUGAUGACCAAGUGAAGAAUAUGAGUGGACAAUGGUUUUAUGAAGCCAAGUCCAAGAGGCACCGGGACAAAAUUCAUGGAGCAGAUAUCAUCCGAGCAUCAAUCAGGAGGAAGCCCUUGAAAACAGCAGAGCCGAAUCAAAGCAGGUCAGACAAGACAAGGAACAGCUGGGUGAACAAUGUCAACAAAGAAGUUCCCACGCCGCCAGGACCAUUGAGUGCAAUAGAAGAGGAGUCCAAAUUUAGUCAGAGUCCCAAAGUAUUCAUAGCAACCUCUAAUGCAUUACAGAAGCCCGAAGAAUAUACAAAAGGGACAGAUGCCUCCCCAUCUAAGCAAAGGAAAAAUCCAUUUAAUGACACAACAGUCACAGAAGUUAACGCAAAAAGUGGGCAACCUGAAAAUGGAGUGGCUCGUUUAUCAGGAGGAUUGGACAAAGACACACAUUUGCCUUCAGUAGAAAAUCAUCCCAGGGUAAACUUAACAAACUACAGCAGGGUAGAAAGGCCAGAGCAGGAUCUCACAGAACCGGGUGAGUUGCAAAGACCGGCAGGAAAGCCUCCGGUGCCCAAAGCCCGGAAAAACAUCCACAAGACGUCGGACGUCAGCUUGACAAGCGACGAUUCCUUUUCCAAACCAUCGAGAAGGAUCAAGCCAGCAAACGGCCAAGGGACACCGCCGAGGGGCAUCUUAAAACGUAGUUCAAGUUCAAGCUCCACUGAUUCUGAAGUGCUCCGUAUGAACCAAACUUUGGACCCCUCCAGUAAAAGCGGAUUGCCGCCCGCAGCUAUCCUUGAAGGCGUUACGGAGAAGGAGGCUUCUCCUGAAAGAGAAUUGGAAGGAUACUCCCAAAACUCACUUGAAAGACUCAAGCAGGUCAGGUUCUCCUCCAACGUAAGUAGGAAAGAACGUCCACAAAGCCUUGAGCUACAAGAGGGCAAAGAAACUGGGGAAUUCACAUUGUUAGACUCUGAUAAUGUCAAAGCCAAUGACAAUACUGUGGGCGGCUUAGAUGAACUUCAAAGUGGGACAUCUCCACCAGGAAAGCUGCCUCAGUCCCCUUUUCCAGCUCUAAAUGGCAACGUUGAGGACGGAGGAGUGUCCCAAGAGGAAGAAACAGCUCCAGGCCCUUAUGGCACUGACAGUUCAGAUCUACCAUCAGAUCCCUCACAGUCCAUCCAAAGUCCCAAUGUGAAGCCCAUUCUUCCAAGCAAAAUGUCCGGCAAAGUCCUUCCCAGUGCUGGGGAAGAACAAACUGUUGAGAUACAAAUGAAACCUAAACAUCUGAGCCCUGAGCCAGACAGAGUAUCCAAAAGCACAUCUGGCCAGCAGUUGCCUUUGGCUAAGAAAGAAGAGCCUCAGGCACCACAAGUGGGCUCUGCAGACCCCGGACAAGGUAAGCCGGCACUUGUUGAGGGUCAGAGUGCUAAAACCACUUCUAAACCUGACAAACAUGCUGCUGAGGUCUUGAAGGCAGCCGAUGAGUCUAUAUCAAAAGUAUUAGACUGGUUUGAAAGAAGUUCCAGUACUGAUGGUACAGAAACAGUUUUGUUAAGCCCUCAAGAGAAGAAACUCGAAGAAGAGAUGGAGUUGCCCAAGACAAGAGUGUUGCCUGUACCUAGAGACGAUGACAGGUCAAAUACCAUCGUAUUCAACCAAGAUUCUUUCGCACGUGAAAUAGGAACACCAACUAAUAAAGACUAUAAGUUCCACCAAAUUAUAAACCAACCACACCCAUUACCAUUUACAAAGAAUGGAGGAAGUCCAAGGAGCCUGCUGGUGAGAGAACAAAAAGACUGGAGUCAAGGCAGACCAGAAGACAUCAGAGGCUCUGGCAACCAAGAGCAGGAUGUUCAUCCCAGUGUGAAAACGCAAAUCCAGAGCAUUGAUAAGGGUACAAACAAGACCAAUGGAACCUCUGUGGGAGCUGAGCCCAAAACAGAAGUGGAAAAUCCUUCACGCAGAGAACUGGAUGCAUUUCGAGAUAAAAACAUGAAACUGGGUUUGAAGAGUGUUGAUUCUUCUGUCAAAGCAACAAAAGGGAAAACCGAUUCACCUGUAUACAAUGAUGGAGAGAGAGAUGUUAAAUCUCUUUUGGAAGAACAUCAACCUGGGAAGUCUGAAGGAAAACGGUCUGAAUUUCUGGAUGGGGAAAGCAUGCAACCUGCCAAUAGAAAUAAUCCUUUUCUUGUGCAGGAGCAAGACUCAAAACAAUCAUCUUUGAUGGAAGAUAAAAAAAGAAUCAAGGACAUCAGGGCUUUUUGGGAAGGAGAGAAAGCUACCCCAAAGGCUACAAAUAUGAAAGAUCUAGUAAAUGGAGGCAAAACUGUGAGUAAAACAAUACUGGAUGAUAAUAAGGAAUCCAAUAGAACCAAACCAAUGAGUGGAUCUUCAGGCUAUGUUACAGGUGAAUCGGACAACGAACUAAGCAAAUAUAGUAUAGUUACCUUCCGAAAAGUUGAAUUAAGUGACAGUGACUCUGAACCUAAAAAUAACGACUUCAGGUUGUCAUCAGGAAAAUUGAAACCAAACCCAAUAUAUUCCAGAAGAAGCCAUCUUGUUGAUGGUUCUGAUAGAAGGUUUCCAAGUGAACAGAAGAAUAAUGAAUUUGUAGAACAGAUGGGUGGAGAGAAUUUACAUUUGAGAGACAAUAAAGUGUCCUUUUCUAAAGACCAUGGAGGAGGUUUACAAGCAGGUGACCAGCAACAGAACCCUCACUUUAAAAUUCAUUCUUUAAAGGAAAAAAUAGAUGAGGAGUCCAAGGCAGAGAUGCUCAGCCCUUCACAGUUUCAAAGCCUAAGAAGCUUUUGGGGUGCAGGAGUCAAGCCAGUAAGCAAUGCAGAUGUGGGAAAGGUAAAGCCAGUUACUUCCAGGAGUAGAAGUAGUAGCACGGGAAGUUAUCAGAAAGAAUCAGGUGAGCUAAAGGAAGUUAUUGCAGAAAAUAGCCAGGCAGUUUGGGAAGGGGAACAGCAAAAACCAAACCUUGGAGAAAAAAGAGUGAAGGAAACAGAUGCAAAAGUCUUAAAAACAAGUAGGAUAUUCUCAGAAGAAGCUGAUCAGCCAGAUAUGUCUCCAUCAGUAGAUGUUGGUCCAAAUGGGAGUUUACAUAGAAAAGCUGACUUCACAGCAAGUGAAGUUGUAGAGACUGUCAACAGGACUUCGGUCCCAUCAAGAUUUGAUGCUGAUGCCUUCAACGUGAACUUGGAAAGACUGCUCAGGGAAGUCUCAGAUGUGAAAACAUCUUCCACUCAUCCAGUGAUGGUGGAUGUUUCUGAACAAGCUGCUUCUCUACCAGAGAAGAGCCGUUUUUUUAACAAGAUGAUGGAACUCAGCCAUGGUGGCCAAAACAAGAGUGGGUUAGGCCCACAGGGAACAGAAGGAGUUGUGCAAAAGCAUGUCCUGCCCAAAGGCCAAUCUUCUGAAUUUAAAACGAGCACUGGGAAUUUGCCUACAGCAAUGGAAGAAUUGGGUUCAGUACACGAGAGAGCUCCAAACAUGGAGGAAGGUGGAAUUCAUCGAGAUGAUAUUCCUGUUCAGAAAGAAGCCUUUCAGAUUCCAUCACCCAAACUGAUACUUCCUGACGCUUCUCUUGCUGCUCAGAAGAGCGCAAUCUCACCUGCUGAAGAGGUUUCUGAGACAGUGACAGGAAUUAAGGCCCCAUCAACCAGAAAAUGCAGCAAUUUGAAUGCUAAACUGAUCUUCCUUCUUAAAGAAUCAACAGAAACGCCUUGUAUUUCACCCGCUACUGAGCAUAUGCUAAAAACACAAAUUGACAACCUUCCCAAAGAGGACUAUCCAAGGUAUUUUGAGAGAGAGGCUGAAAAAACAAUUCCUGCCUCACCCCAAAGGGCCAAUUCUCUACAAAACUCCACUAUUGAGGCAACUGAGAGAAGCACAGAUGCAUGUGAAAAUGGUGCCAAUGGCUUUGCUGUGGUGCCAAGUGAGCCAACCAAAGAGGUCAAUCUUCUGUUGCCAUCAACAAACCAGAAAAACGUAGAAGCUGAAAGGUAUGCUGCUGCUAUUGACAGUCAACCUGAGGAUGUGGCAGAGACAGUGACAAACACUAUUAAGUCAAAUCCAUAUGAUCCUGUAGCAUUUAGAGCCAGUUUAAGAAAACUGCUUAAAGAGCAUUCAGAAGACAAAGAGGACCUUAAAUUAACUCAUGCCCCAUUAUUAUUGAAUCAGAGUAUGCAAUCAAUUUUCGGAAAAGAUGGACCACAUCGUCAAGAAAUAAUUGAAACAGUAGAAAAGGCUAGUGCUCCCUCCCGUUCCAGACAGGUGGGAUAUAAAUUGAACAUCCAAACAUUGCUCAAGGAGGAUUCUGAAAUCCUGCCCGACAACCAGAAAAAUAAACCUAACCAGGAUGUAGAUUUGGUUGGUCAAGAAGUUAAUGAAUCUGUAAGCAGAACUGUUGUUCCAUCCAAGCUGAAGCAAAGAGAAUCUCAUUCUGGCUUCCAGAAACUGCUUGAAGAAGUUUCCCAGAUGCCACCUGUUCAGCUGAGAGAUUUAGAUGCCAAAAUAAAGGAGAGCAUCCAGGCUGGUCAUGGUUUAGAAAGCAUGGACCUUCCCCAAGAAGUAGAUGAAACUGUAAUAAAAUCUACUGUACCAGGAAAAGACGAUGCUAUAUUCAAAUCCAUCUUAGAAAAGUUACUUAGGGAAAAUUCUGAUGCUGCUUCACAACCAUCUGUGGAAGUUUCUGAUGACUCAACGUCUCAAUUAGAAAGCUCACCUGCAAUAAUGCCAACAUCCAGUGUGUCAAGUGACUAUCGCACUGAAGUUAGAAUACCACUCAGGGGCAAAUCUUUCAAACAAGAUAGCCAAACUGGCAUCCCUGAGAGAAUUAUGAUUUUUCAGAAAACUGUUCAGGUUAAUUUUGCAUCCACUGGAGACCAACUUGUGGAAAAGGGGGAAGGUCCUUCCACCAAUUCACAGACAAAUGAGGGAGAGAAGAAAUAUGAAAGAAAGAGAGAAGAAAGGGUCUCCAGUCCAAGUGCUUCCUUAGAUGAUGGAAAUGAAAUAGCGACAAUAAUGCCUGGAUCCCAGAGGUCAAGCACCCCACUCUUACAACAUGAAAAUUCUCCCAAAACAAGUAAAAUUGAGCUCUUUCAUGCUCACCCAAAUGCUGAUGAAAGUGACGCAGAUGAUUAUGAAGAUGCCAGGAGCUUUGGAUCAGAUCCUUCAGAUGAAAACAGCAAUUCCUUUGUGCGAAUCCAAAGAAGUAGAAUCUGUUCGGAAGAAGGACUAAACCCUGUUAUGGAGGCUUUGCAAAGGAGUUCAAAUAAACAAGUCCCGUCCAAAAGUCUAGAGGACAUACCGUCAGCCACAUCAAAUAAAGGAAACGUAAACCUUCCAAGGGGAGACUUAGUGCUUAGUGCAGAAGAUGACCAGAAAAUAGAUGAACCACAUGAAACAAAUGAAAACGCCCCAGGAAUUUCCACAGCACCUUCUUUCCCUGAUAACAAAUUCACCCGUCUGGAAAAAGUCAAACAGAUGAGUAAAUCGGUCCCAGCAUUUCUGCAGGAUGAGAAUGAUGACAGAGAUACAGACACAGCAUCAGACAGCAGUUACCCACUUGGCAGGAUCAAGAAGAGCCCCAGCUCGCUAACCAAUCUUAGUGGCUCUUCUGGCUUGGCGUCCUUGUCUUCUGUGAGCACCAGUGUGAUGAGUGUCUACAGUGGAGAUUUUGGCAAUGUGGAUGUGAAAGGCAAUAUCCAGUUUGCCAUUGAUUAUGUGGAUCAGCUGAAGGAGUUCCAUAUUUUAAUUGCUCAAGGCAAGGACUUGGCAAUUGCAGAUGUGAAGAAGCAACGUUCAGAUCCGUAUGUGAAGAGUUACUUGUUACCAGAGAAGAACAAACUGGGCAAAAGAAAGACAACUGUGAAGAAGAAAACACUGAACCCUGUUUACAAUGAGAUAUUACGGUAUAAAGUUGAGAAGGACCUUUUGGCAACCCAGAGGCUGAAUAUCUCCGUUUGGCACAAUGAUACUUUUGGGCGCAAUAGUUUCUUGGGUGAAGUGGAGCUCGAUUUGGGAAACUGGGACUGGAAUGAUAAACAGAACAAACAAAUGAACUGGUACCCACUUAAGCCAAGGACUCCACUAACGGCUCUUGAGCUAGAGAACAGAGGAGAAGUAAAGAUCGCUCUCCAGUAUAUCCCACAGCCUGCUGCAGGUAAAAAGACCCCAACCACUGGAGAAGUCCACAUUUGGGUGAAGGAAUGCAAUGAACUCCCAGUCCUCAGGGGCAAUAAACUCAACUCCUUUGUUAAGUGUACCAUUCUGCCGGAUACAAGUAGAAAAAGCCGUCAGAAAACCAGAGCCAUAUCCAAGACGACAAAUCCAGUGUUCAACCAUACCAUGGUCUAUGACGGCUUCAGGCCUGAAGACCUGAAAGAAGCUUGUGUAGAGCUCACUGUCUGGGACCACAACAAACUAGCCAAUCACUUCAUUGGAGGCCUCAGAAUAGGACUUGGAACAGGAAAGAGCUAUGGCACACCUGUAGACUGGAUGGACUCUACAUUAGAGGAAUCCAACUUAUGGGAGAGGAUGAUUGACACACCAAACACCUGGGUAGAAGACACACUGCCACUCAGGAUGCUCAUGACGACAAAAAUGACCAAAUAGGAUGAUGCUUUGGUUGGUCGCUAGUCUUUUAUGUGUCCUCCUGAAGUCUGAAUGGUGACAAAAGCCAGGCAGAAAUAAAGGCGAUAAAGUUGAAAGAGCAAAUGUCUUUCUCUGCAACUUUGGCGUAUAAUGUCUUUUUCUUCAAUAGAAUUUUAUAUUGUUUUGCUCAACGGUACCUUGAUAAUGCACAUUAACUUCUGCCUGUCUACAGGUACUCUUUAACUUAAGUUUUAAUGCUUUACUAAAGAUGAAAUUUAAAUAGUAUUUAAAAUGCUAUGUAUAGUUGCUGUCUGUGGCCACGUUGACUAAUGCCUGAAAAGAAAAUCAAUGAUUUUGCUUAAGUUAGUUGAAUUUCAACACAUGCCAUUUUUCCAAAGUGUGUUUUGUGGUGCUAUUUGUGUGCACCCAUUGCCUUGAAGAAUUUUGAUGUUCACACUGAGGAAACCCAUAAUAAUUGUAAUCCUAUCAAAUUGUCCAUAUUAUUUGAUACAACAUCCUGUUAGUAAUCUCAACUAGAACAGACCCAUUGAAUGUAAUUUACUUAUUUGGUGUCUCACUAAUUUACUAAUUUGGUGUCUUAAAAAGUUGACUUGGUGAGUCUACUAUUGUUGACUUUAACCAUGCACAUUCAAGCUAAUGUUACAUGGUUGUGUUGAUUACUUAUAUUCCUGGCUGGGACUAAACAUUAUGGCAGAUAUAUGGUUGAUCCUAAGACAACCCUCCUGUGUCUUAUUUUCUCUCCACUUGCUAUUGAAAGGCUAUUCAACUACAGUAUUUAGUUUUAAACUCUGUAGAUUGGACUAGUGAUUUGUACUCUGGUUCUCAGCAUGGUUCUUAACUCUGGAAAACACACUAGGUUGAAUGCAUGGCUAUAUUUCUACUGCAAACUCUGAUUCUCAUCUUAAAUGUUUACAUUUUCUGUGAUAUUAUUUGGCCCAAACUGUUCUCAGCUCUUGUCUUGAAGGAAAAUGUUAACUUGCUAACUUUGAAAUCAUGUGUUUUCUUUCCAGGAAACAUGAUAACAUUAACUUGACUCAAACAUGACUCCUUUUUUAAAAAAUGACAACUGAUUUUUAUUUAUUCUAAAACUAACAUCAGACUUUUAAAAAAUCAUGUUCACCAAGCUCUAAAGUAUGCUGCUGUUCACUGGCUGGAUGUGUCAUGGUUUUUUCUUUUUAUGUUCUCUGGUGCCACCAAUCGGGUAAAAAUAGAAAUGAUGCCUGAAGUGAAAAUAAACUUUUAUGCAAAGAAUUGUAUGUAAUUAAAUGCUGAAAAUAUACAAUGUUAUUUGUAUACAGUUUUCAAAGUCCAUUAAAACCGCUUAUGUGCUCAAAUGAGCACACAUUGAACUGCAAAA